UAACCCGCCAUCUUGUCGCGUCGAGGAGAAGAGAGGCACAGCUUGCCUAAGAUAUGGCGGACUACAGCAGCGUGGCUCCACCGUCCAGUGGCGGCGGCAUGAAUGACGCUUUUAAAGACGCUCUCCAACGAGCACGACAGAUCGCAGCGAAAAUAGGCAACGAUGGCGUUGCGGCUCCCCCGACGACCGAGUUUGGGUACGGAGGCCAGAAAAGGCCCCUGGAGGACGCUGGUGGGUAUUUUCCCAUGCCUAACCUGAAUAUCGACCAACCAGAGACAAAGAAAGUGGCGACCAAUGACGCUUUUUCUGCUAUGGGAGGAAUGGGCGGCCCCCCUAGAUCAAUAUCAGAGGAAUUCAAGGUUCCUGAUGGAAUGGUUGGAUUCAUUAUCGGACGGGGCGGUGAACAAAUUUCGCGUCUGCAGCAAGAAUCGGGAUGCAAAAUACAGAUUGCCCCUGACAGCGGAGGGAUGCCUGAUAGGUCAGUGACAUUGACGGGAGGACCCGAUGCUAUUCAGACAGCAAAGAGGCUACUCACGGAGAUUGUCGAGAAGGGCCGACCGUCCCCCGCAUUCCACCACAACGAUGGUCCAGGCAUGACUGUUCAGGAGAUUAUGGUCCCUGCCUCUAAAGCCGGCCUCGUCAUUGGCAAGGGAGGCGAGACCAUCAAGAGUCUUCAGGAAAGAGCUGGAGUGAAGAUGGUCAUGAUUCAAGAUGGCCCCCAAAACACAGGCGCCGACAAACCUCUCCGUAUUUCGGGAGAACCCUUUAAAGUUCAGCAAGCCAAAGAGAUGGUGAUGGAGCUAAUCAGAGACCAGGGCUUCAGAGAGCAGAGGGGCGAAUAUGGUUCCAGAAUCGGAGGUGGCGAGACAUUAGAUGUUCCGGUUCCACGGUUUGCAGUCGGAAUUGUCAUCGGCAGAAGCGGAGAGAUGAUCAAAAAGAUCCAGAGCGACACAGGGGUCAGAAUCCAGUUUAAGCCAGAUGAUGGCAGCGCACCGGACAGGAUAGCACAGAUCAUGGGUCCUCCUGACCAGGCUCAGCACGCGGCAGAGAUCAUCUCAGACCUGCUGAGGAGCGUCCAGGCCGGUGGGCCUCCGGGUCACGGAGGCGGUGGCGGCGGCAGAGGCCGAGGACGUGGGCAGGGCAAUUGGAACAUGGGGCCCCCCGGUGGCCUCCAAGAGUUCUCCUUCACCGUCCCGACCAUGAAGACUGGUCUAAUUAUUGGAAAAGGUGGUGAGACCAUCAAAGGAAUCAGCCAACAGUCGGGGGCCAGGAUUGAGCUACAAAGGAAUCCUCCUCCCAACUCUGACCCCAACGUCAAAAUGUUUACCGUCAGAGGCUCACCUCAGCAGAUCGACUAUGCCAGACAGCUGGUAGAAGAGAAGAUUGGGGGACCCGUCACUCCAAUGGGUGGCCCACAUGGGCCCCCUGGUCCACAUGGAGGUCCAGGCCCACAUGGUCCUCCAGGCCCUCCGGGACCCCCUGGUGCUCCCAUGGGUCCAUACAACCCCGGGCCUUAUAACCAGGGACCCCCAGGACCACAUGGUCCCCCAGCACCUUACCAGCCUCAGGGGUGGGGCAAUGGCUACCCGCACUGGCAGCAAGGACAGCCUGAUCCAAGUUCAGACAAAGCAGCAGCUGAUGCUAAUGCUGCAGCAUGGGCGGCCUACUAUGCACAGUACGGCCAGCAACCGCAGGCUCCCAUGACACCUACCAGUGGCGCACCGGGCACGACUCAGUCCAACGGUCAAGGUGACCCACAGGCUGCAGGUCAGAGUGGACAGGCAGAUUACACCAAGGCCUGGGAGGAUUAUUACAAGAAAAUGGGUCAACAGAGCCAGCAACCUCAGGACUAUACUAAAGCCUGGGAGGAGUAUUAUAAGAAACAAGGUCAAGCGGCCCCACAGGCGGCAGCACCAGCAGCCGCCGCAGCACCCACCACCCAGCCCGGCGGGCAGCCAGACUACAGCGCCGCCUGGGCUGAGUACUACCGGCAGCAGGCAGCUUACUACGGCACAGGCAACCCACAGACCAUGGGAGCGGCACCACAAGCCCCUCAGGUACCCUUCUCUCCAUUUUGAAUAACCAAGUGCACGGAAUAGUCCAAUAUGGCUUUCCUAACCCCCUUGCUCCUGCAGGGUUUACAGGGUUCCGGUGUGAGCAGAAGCAGCAGCAGCAGCGUUCUAACAUAAACUUUCCUUCCUGCACAGGAUGUCCGCAGUUUUUUUUCCCCGCUGUUAACAUGCAUUGUAUCUUCUAUGUAUUUCUCCUGCACAGGGCCAGUAAUGCGAAGUGGACAUAACGUAAAUGCUUCAUUGUCGAACACAAAUCCUUUGUUAAAUGUUUGGAUGCAGACGCCUCGGUGAAGAUCUUAAAUUUCCUUGGUUUAGAAAGUGUUUCACAUAGAUGGCAAAUUACCCGCCGAGCAUGUCCUCUCUCCUCCAUUUAAAUAUUUUUGUUUUUCUUGUAAAUGUUUUGUUUUUAGUGAGGCAACUCAACUCAUAUGGUCAUUCCAGCCCUGUAUCUACAUUAAAUGUGGUUAGAAGUCAUGUUUGAUUGAACUGUAGACAUUACCAUGUAAAUCAUCUCAGUUUUAAAAGGAAAAACAAUGCUUAUUGCCUGUUGUGUUUUUUGCAAUAAAACAAACUGAAACCUUCUGUGUUGGUAAGUUGGGGCUCACCUUAGUGAGAAGAAGAGGGCGGGAUGUUAUGUUAGCUACUAGCGGGCCACCUGUGGGUUGACACAAGGCGAUGCUCUCCUGUUUCUCUCCAACUGUCUACAAGACGCUUGUUGAUUGACACUUGCUGUUUGUUGCCUUGCUUUCUCUCUUGAUGACUUGAACCAGACGACUUGUGUGCGUUGUUGUUGAGCUAGAAUGCACAUGUCAUUGUUCUUGCCUUGACGUGUAGACACUUCCUCCUCCACAGGCGAGUGUAGAAAAGUGGUAAGCAAGACAUUUUUUUUAAUCCCCUCUUGGAAAGUGAUUGCAAAGUAAUGUUGCCUAUUUUUAUUAGUGUUCCCUUACUUUUCUUCCAGGACAGUCAGGUAAAUUGUAUGAUGCAUUUUUUGUCCUGCCCAAUGUACUCUUAAUCUGUACGCAUUUUUUUAAAUGAUAAAACCAAUGCAAAAAAGAAUAUUUUUUUGCUGUGCCACUGCUGUUAGUGUCAUGUCCAUUACGAGCAUUGAGCUCUGUUGGCUCGGGCAGGGGGCAGCUAACGCAGUCCACGUCCAAGUUGAGCCCUCCUGUCCUGUAAGUACCCCAACUGACCACUGAGUCGAAUGAUCCUUGCAAAGUAUCGAUUAUAUUUUUGUUAAAUCUUGCCAUUUCCCCUCUUUUGUCUUUGGGUAAGUAUGCACUGUUGUGAAGUCAGGCGUAGACUCUUGACUGUUGAAUUCACUUUUUGUAUCGCUUGCGUCAGACACUAGCUUAGUGUUGAUUGUCGGUUACGCUCACUCGGUUUUUGUUCCUGAUUGUUCUCUUUAAAUGCCCCACCUACCCCCCAUCUCUCAUAUUACAAAAUGUUUGCUGAUCAAGAUGAUGUGCAGCGUAGCAUGCUUACUUAAUUAGCCUUCUCCCGCGUUACCGAUGCUAUAUUUGAGCAUGUCAUACUGAGUUGUGGGCUUGUCACAUGAAUAUUGAUCGAUUGAUUUGAAUGAGCACUGUUGUUUAAAAAGGCAUUUGAUUUGAAAUUUAUAGAUCAGAAAGGAGAAAUCAUAUUGACUGCAAGUAUAUAUAAAUAUAUAUCUAUAUAGUGCAAUAUAUAUCUGAUCUUUGCAGUGUUCCCCCCCAACCCCCCCAGACCUUGCACCUUAGGUUCUGCUGCAGUAACCCAGGUAAGCAAAGCCUAAGGAACCAAUCGUAAAUUACGGUGGAACCUCCAAAGAGGAAAAUUUCCAUUAUUUUCUGGGCAAAUAUGCGUUGGCAUGGUAAUGUCAAAUCAUGCAAAUGAAUUAGGAGUGUGAGUAUAAAUGUCACAACUAUGGGUUUGUGGUGGAGAGGGAGAUAAAAGUGUACCACUGAUCAUUCCAUGUUUCCACAAUUUUCGAAAGUGACAUGUUCUCAGUUGUUCCCAUGUCUCGAGUCACUUUAUGGUACGUAGUGCCUAUUUACGCUUACAUUGGAAUUGGAGGCUCUUGCUUAAAAAAAAAAAAAAAAAACUACAUCGCCCACGCCCCUUUUUUUUGUACCAAGUCAAAAUGACCCCAUUGUGAAAGAAACAAUACAAAAGUCAUGUAUCAUUUUUUUCCCCAGUUAUGCAAAUGAUUAGUAAUAGACUGAGCAGGACUCUAGAUUUUGUUUUUGACACUUGGGGCUAAUUAACACUUACCCGGGUCGAACUAACAGAACACGAUUUCUGAGAAACCGUACAGAAGGAUUGAAACUCAUGACAAGUUGAUGGUGUAUUCUAGUAAAUCUACAAAUGUGUGUCAUUGUUGUUUGGAGAACAACUAAGUGAACCAAAUGACAAUUGUUCCGCUUUGGAGGUUCCACUGUCUGUUGUUGGCCGAUUUGGCCAGUUUUCCCAUCCGUGCAAAGAAAUGCUCACCCUGUCAAUUAAUUCAUUCUGAACUGAAUAGUGACACUUAUGACUUAUACGACCUUGUGGACUUGACUCAAAAGUAUACACUUGCUGGUUAUGAGGAAUAUUGCGUUAAGCACAAUAUGAGAGGCCUUCAUUGUUUUGUUUUUUAAUUUUCGUGCAUGUCAUGUAAAGCUGCUGCAGGUAUCCCUGGGUAGGGCCAUUUUCUGAACAAAAAUAACGUGAUGUUGACCAAUGUUAAUCUGGUGGUGUGCAUUCUGUCAAAAGCGCAGUGCUGACGUACUCAUUGAUACGCCUUCACUUCUCGCUCACAGUGUUGGAGGACGCUGGAAGCUUAGGCGCUAGAAUCAGAGCCUGUGGUAGUUUCUGCCGAGCGUAGGCCGGGCAAGAGCUCCAGUGCUUAAGGUAAAAAAAAAACAGACCCAAUUAAAAAGUCAUGUCAUAUUUGUGACUGCGAAAAGUGCUAGCUCGGCAUGUCUUCUGCUCGGGUUGACUGUUUUAAUGCUGCCAUAGUGAUUUUAAAGUCGUUUGAUGGUUGUCAUUCAUACUAAGUCGUCUUGGUUGUUGGAAUGAAUGCUUUAGAAAGUUGGAUGAGGACAGGAAUUGAACUUUGAACAUGUUGUAUUGUGUCAUUGAAAUGUCCCACUAAGGCUCUUACAUUUUUAGGGGGUGGGGGUUGUUUAGCCAAGAGGAAGCCUUCCAUAGGUAAAUGUGCUGUACGAUAUGCUCACUCAUACUGUAAUGUUCAUUCAGAAUAAUAAAGGUGUCACAAACAAA